GGAAGAGGAAUCAAAUAUUUCUUGUUGAUUGUUUCAACUCGUCUAACAACUAUUGGUCUUCUCGCUCCAGGCACCAGAAUCAGCACGUUCACCCAGGCCGAUCUGGCAUCGCGCAGCAUCCAGUACGCCCACACCAGUGAAGAAGAGAAGCAUGCCGACCAAUUCUCCUUCACCGUGUCCGACGGGACAAAUGAGGUUGCCCAGACGUUCUACAUUACCAUCAAGCCAGUGGACGACUCCCUGCCUCUGCUCCAGGUUCCUGGUAUGAGGGUCCAGGAAGGAGUGAGGAAGACCAUCACCGAAUUUGAGCUGAAAGCCACAGAUGCAGACACUGAAGCGGAGUCCAUUGUCUUCACUGUCGUCCAGGCUCCACGUCACGGCACCAUAGAGCGCACGGGCAAUGGCCAACAUUACCGGCAGACCAGCAGUUUCACCAUGGAUGACAUCUACCAGAACCGCAUCAGCUACAACCACGACGGCUCCAACUCGCUCAAAGACCGCUUCACCUUCACUGUGGCUGAUGGCACCAACCUGCUGUUCAUGGUGGAAGAGGGCAGCAAGGAGAUAGUGACGGCUGCACCACAGAAGUUCAAGAUCGAUAUUCUGCCAGUUGACGAUGGCACUCCGCGUAUCGUCAGCAACCUGGGACUGCAGUGGCUGGAGUACAUGGAAAACAAGGCUACCAACCUGAUCACCAAGAAGGAGCUGCUGACUAUGGAUCCAGACACAGAUGAUGGACAGUUGGUUUACGAAAUCACCACAGAGCCAAAGCACGGCUUCCUGGAGAGUAAGCUGAAACCUGGAAACCCCAUCACCACCUUCACACAAGCUGAUGUAAACUUGGGUCUGAUCCGCUACGUGCUGCAUCAGAAGAACGUUCAGGAAACCAUGGACAACUUCAAGUUCCUGGUCAAAGACAGCAAACCAAACGUGGUCAGCGACAACGUCUUCCACAUCCAGUGGUCACUCAUCAGCUUUGAGCACAAAAGCUACAAUGUGAGUGAGAAGGCCGGCACGGUGGCUGUGACGGUGAAACGAACAGGUAACCUCAACCAGUACGCCAUCGUUCUCUGCCGCACCGAGCAGGGCAGCGGCACCUCCACCAGCAGCGUCGGAUCUCGUCCGGGCCAGCAGGACUAUGUGGAAUAUGCUGGACAGGUACAGUUUGAUGAGCGCGAGGACACCAAAGUGUGCACCAUAGUGAUUAACGAUGACAAGGUGUUUGAGGGAACUGAAAGCUUCCACGUGGAGCUGAGCAUGCCUGUGUAUGCGCUGCUGGGCGGAAACACGCGUGCCAUCGUCAACAUCAACGACACAGAGGACGAACCAACUCUGCAGUUUGAUAAAAAGACCUACCACGUCAACGAGAGCACUGGCUUCAUCCACGUACCCAUCGAGAGAAAAGGUGACACCUCCAGCACCGUGUCUGCUCUCUGCUACACCGUGGGCAAGUCAGCUCAGGGCAGCAGCCUCCACGCUCUGGAGUCCGGCUCCGACUACAAGAGCCGCGGCAUGACCAAUGACAACCGCGUCAUCUUUGGCCCCGGCAUCAGCAUGUCCACCUGUGACGUUAAGCUCAUCGACGACAGCGAGUAUGAGCUGUCUGAGGAGUUUGAGCUGGUGCUUUCAGACGCCUCGGAUAAUGCCCGUAUGGGGGACGUGACGCUGGCCAAGGUCGUCAUCGAUGGACCCAACGAUGCUUCGAUGGUUUCUCUUGGGAACGCCACCUUUACUUUCAGUGAAGAUGCUGGCACAAUUGAAAUACCAGUGCUGCGCCAUGGCAGUGACCUGUCCUCUGUGACUUCUGUAUGGUGUGCCACCCGACCUUCAGAUCCCCCCUCAGCCAGCCCGGGGGUCGACUACAUCCCCAGCUCCAAGAAGGUGGAGUUCAAACCUGGAAAAACUGAGGAGACCUGCAGUUUGACCAUAAUGGACGACAUCCAGAACCCGUCCAUCGAAGGAUCUGAGUCUUUUGUGGUAUUCCUCAGUUCCCCGCAAGGUGCUGUCCUCCAAGAGCCCUAUGAAGCCAACGUUGUCAUCACUGACACCUUCCAGGACAUUCCCAGCAUGCAGUUUGAGAAGAGCGCCUACAUUGUGAAGGAGAAAGACAGUGUCCUGCACAUCCCCAUCAUCCGUACAGGUGACCUGUCCUUCAAGUCAUCAGUGCGGUGUUUCACUCGGACCAUGUCGGCCAUGGUGAUGGACGACUUUGAGGAGAGGAAGAAUGCUGAUGAGUCACGCAUCACUUUCCUCAAAGGAGAGAAGGUAAAAAACUGCACCGUUCACAUCAAUGAUGACUCUGUUUUUGAGCCCGAAGAGGAGUUCCAGGUGCAUCUUGGGACACCGCUUGGUGACCACUGGAGUGGCGCCAUGGUGGGCGCUAGUGACAUUGUCACUAUCACUAUCACCAACGAUGAAGAUGCUCCAACCAUUGAGUUUGAGCAGGCGUCCUACCAGGUGAGAGAGCCACCUGGUCCAGAUGGCAUUGAGGUGCUUGACAUAAAGGUGAUCCGUCGGGGGGAUCUGGACCGGACCUCCAAGAUCCGCUGCAGCACCCGGGACGGAUCGGCCCAGUCUGGAGUGGACUACAAUCCCAAGAGCCGAGUGCUUAAAUUCACCCCUGGGAUGGACCAUUUCCUGUUCAAGGUGGAGAUUCUGUCCAAUGAGGACAGGGAGUGGCACGAGUCCUUCUCAUUGGUCCUCGGACCUGACGACCCUGUGGAGGCGGUACUCGGGGAGAUCACUAUGGCCACAGUGACCAUUCUGGACCAGGAGGCUUCAGGCAGCCUCAUCCUCCCUGCCACGCCUAUUGUGGUGUCUCUCGCCGACUAUGAUCAUGUCCAGGAGGUGACAAAGGAAGGCAGUAAGAAGACGCCCUCUCCAGGUUACCCUCUGGUGUGUGUCACCCCCUGUGACCCUCACUACCCCAAGUACUCUGUGAUGAAGGAGCGCUGUGAGGAGGCAGGCAUCAACCAGACCCAAGUUCACUUCUCCUGGGAAGUGGCGGCACCCACCGACACCAGCGGCGCUCGGUCCCCCUUUGAGACAGUCACAGACACCACGCCGUAUACCAGCGUCAACCACAUGGUCCUGGACAGUAUUUAUUUCAGCCGUCGCUUCCACGUUCGCUGCGUUGCUCAGGCCAGGGAUAAGGCUGGUCACCUUGGAACGCCGCUGAGAAGCAACAUCGCCACCAUCGGCACAGAGGGCUCCAUCUGCCACACGCCGGUUACCACGGGAACCGCCAGAGGCUUCCAGGCUCAGUCCUUCAUCGCCACACUCAAAUACCUGGACGUCAAGCACAAGGAACACCCCAACCGUAUCCAUAUUUCAGUGCAGAUCCCCCAUCAGGACGGCAUGCUCCCCCUGGUGUCCACCAUGCCGCUGUACAACCUGCAUUUCCUCCUGUCAGAGUCCAUCUAUAGGCAGCAACACGUCUGCUCCAACCUUGUUACCCUCAAAGACCUACAGGGUCUUUCCGAGACAGGUUUCCUGGACGAUGUGUCCUACGACAGCAUCUCUCUGGGGCCGGGUUAUGACCGCCCCUAUCAGUUCAACCCAAACGUCCGCGAGGCCAAGAGCAUCCAGCUCUACAAGCACCUCAACCUCAAGAGCUGCAUCUGGACCUUUGAUGCUUACUACGACAUGACCGAGCUCAUCGACGUCUGCGGGGGCUCAGUCACCGCUGAUUUCCAGGUUCGGGACUCUGCCCAGUCCUUCCUGACGGUGCAGGUACCUCUCUAUGUGUCGUACAUCUACGUGACGGCACCGAGAGGCUGGGCCUCUCUGGAGCAUCACACCGAGAUGGAGUUCUCUUUCUUCUACGACACCGUACUCUGGAGGACAGGUAUCCAGACUGACAGCGUCCUCUCAGCCAGACUGCAGAUCAUCAGGAUCUACAUCAGAGAAGACGGACGACUGGUGAUUGAGUUCAAAACUCAUGCAAAAUUCAGAGGUCAGUUUGUCCUUGAACACCACACUCUGCCGGGCCACAAGUCCCACCUGAUGGCGCCCGACCACCUCGGAGGCAUCGAGUUUGACAUACAGCUGCUGUGGAGCGCUCAAACCUUUGACUCACCAUACCAGCUGUGGAGAGCCACCAGCUCCUACAGCAGGAAGGACUAUUCUGGGGAGUACACAGUCUUCUUGAUCCCCUGCACUGUCCAGCCCACUCAGCCCUGGAUCGACCCCGGUGACAAACCUCUGUCCUGCACGGCUCACGCUCCAGAGAAGUUUCUGGUGCCGAUCGCCUUCCAGCAGACCAACCGGCCUGUUCCUGUGGUUUACUCCCUCAACACGGAGUUCCAGUUGUGUAACAAUGAGAAGGUGUUCAUGAUGGACCCGGCUACCGCUGAUGUGUCUAUGGCUGAGAUGGACUACAAGGGAGCAUUCUCCAUGGGUCAAACUCUGUAUGGCAGAGUAUUGUGGAACCCUGAGCAGAACCUGAACGCAGCCUACAAACUGCAGCUGGAGAAGGUUUACCUCUGCACUGGCAGGGACGGAUAUGUUCCCUUCUUUGACCCCACAGGAACGCUGUACAACGAGGGGCCACAGUACGGCUGCAUCCAGCCCAACAAGCACCUGAAGCAUCGCUUCCUACUGCUGGAUCGUAAACAGCCAGACGUUUGUGACAAAUUUUUCCAUGAUGUUCCCUUCGAGGCUCACUUAGCGUCAGAUAUCCCAGAGCUGCAGUCCAUGACAGCCAUGCCGGGCGUCGACGGCUUUACAAUGAAGGUUGAUGCUCUCUACAAG